UGAUCUGAAAGAGGAAGUGUUAAGAGCUGGGACCAAAUAAACCAAUCCCAACCAUGAAGUCGUUUGUGAUUGCAGCAAUUUUGUUUGUUGGACUAAGCGCCGUUUCGGCAGAUCGUCCCAAAUCGAAGACCGUCCUCGCUUCCAUGAACAACCUGCGUCCGCGGUACCGCGAGAUUCAGGAUUUCGUCAUCGAAACAUUGUCCGACGCUCGUUUGAGCAGCUCCGCCAAGCUGAACGUGUUUCACGAAGACGUUCUCAAGGUCAAGGAAACCCUGGUCACGGAUGCCAUUACCGAGGAGGACAAGAUCAUCUUCCAGAUCGACAACCAGCCUUCAACAGCGGACGUACCGUGUCUUUCGUUUGUGCGAUUGAUGACGGACAGCGUGAUGAACCUGGCAGGAUCGGGAUUCGCCACGUGUAUUUCCGAAGCGAGUGAUGCGUUGACGGUGGAAGUGAACAAGUUUUAUGCCGCGAUGCAAAAGGACGAGUCCGAGUACAUUGGAAUUGGGCUGUUGAACGUGUUCAAGGACGAGAACAUCUUCUACGACCCGGAGAAGAUCCUUACUAAGUUGUCCUCCAAGUCUGGUAACAUGGAGCGGUACCCAACUUCGAUUCAGGACGAGGUGACCGAAUGGGUUGCCGUGCUGGGAUCCACCAUGGAUGGGCUGGAGCAGACCUACAUCGCGUGUAUGACCGACAGUGAGCAACGCAUGAAGACCGGCUUCGAGCUGGCACGCGCCAAUAUGAUGGCCACUUGUGGAGCGGUGGAAAUCGCACCGGCAGCGGAAUCAGCUUUGAAGGCUACGUCGGGUGCUGUCGUUGAGCCACAGUCCGAUUUCCGUAAAAUGUUCCACGAACGGUUUGGCUUGUAAAGUUUUGAUGAAAUGACU